AUUAGACACCUGUCAGUGCAGGUGGAGAGAGUGACUGCGGGACAUCUGAGCCUGGAGGUUUCACUGAAGGACUCCUCUUUAACUCUUUGGACUGCUUUCCUUUUAUUUCCUUUUUUUUUUUUACUAUCAAGACAUUGUGCAUUUGUUUUUUAUCUAAUAUUUGUGUUUUGGACAUAACUGAACUUUGGAGAUUUAGUCUUGCUGCUGCUGGUGGAUGUGGUCAGUGGUCACUGGGACUCCCCAACAUUCAGGUGUUUUUUUGAGGUGUGAAAACUGUUGAAAGUUUCCUCUGAGACCGGAUCCUUAAGGAGUUUGUUGGUGUUGCAGCUGUUUCUGAGACACCCAUCAUCAGACAAGCUGUGUGAUCAUGACAGACUUCCCAUCUAAAGUUACCACGGAAACCAGCUCCCCCAACUCCCAGAGUUCUCAGCAGGGGGGCAACAGCCUCCAAGGCCUGACCGCUAACGUCACCACCAUGAUGGAUAUUUCCUUUAUCCGAAGCAUCCCGGCCAUCCUCAUGCUGGCUGAAAUAAUUGCGGGGCUGCUCCAGUGGGCGUUGAUAGCCAGCGUCCCCUACACGUUGGUGCCAGAGUUGGGCUGGGUGAUGUUUGUGGCUGUCUCUUUUUGGAUCCUCACCUGCGCCCUCUUCUUCGUGAUCCUGUUUGGCACCCAACAAAAACUCACUGCCAUCCCCUGGUCCUUGACGGUGAUGGUGUAUCACAUCUCAGCUGCGGUCCUCUAUCUGACCGCCUUCCUGGCCAACGCAGCAUCUGUGCGCUACUUCAAUGGGACCUAUCUCUACGGACAUAUGGCAGCGUCUGUUUUCUUUGCUGCCUUGGCGACUUUAGCGUACGGUGCCAGUGCUUACUUCUCCUAUCUGGAGUGGAAGGGAGAUGGAGGAAACGCGGCCACCAACACAGUGCCGACCUAAGACUCCAACCUGUGAUGCUGAUCCUGGAAAAAGACUCCUUGUGUUUUAUUUCCCUCAAGAUACUGUAGUUAUUUGUAGAGUCCACAGCUGAUGCUUAACUGUCAACACAGGUGACAGUUGAGUAUUACUGCUGAGUCUGGUAACCCAAAUCCCGGCCUCUCUUUAACCCCAGUAUUAACAAUAACAUGAAACCUAAUUCAGACGGCAGAUAUCCUCCAUUAUAUUGCUUUUCAGUCAAAGUCUCUAGACCUCUUUUACCUUCACAAAAUGAAAAUAAAUUAUAUAUCAUCACUGGUUAUCCACACAAAAUAUACUGUAUCUCUGAGCACUAUAUGUUUUGAAGGGGAUGUGGACGACUGCACUGAGGCCUAGAAAUCAUGAAUUCUUAAAAUAAUACUGUUUAUAAUACAAUUGUUAAUACACAAAUAAAGCCAACAGUGCCUUAAUAUCUUGAUAAUACCACUCUAUAUUGGCCAAAUUACACAUCCAGGUUGCAAUUAAGUUACACAUAUGAUAUCUCACUAUGCAUUUAAACCAGCAGAAGACAAAAGUUAAAGCAAUAUUUCAGUAUUUAGGAAAAUUGUCUUCUUGUCAAAAGUUUGAUACCAGUCUCAUGCCUGUACAAUAAAUAUUAAGCUACUGGGAGCCGGUUAACGACUAUAGCCUGGCUCUGUCUGAAGGUAACAAAAUCCCCUCACCAGUGACUCUAAGGGGCCACGUCCACCAAAGAGUUUUUUUUCUGAGGUCAUCCCAUAUUAUUAAUGAUCUACAGUGGGAGCGUUGUGUAUUUACGCUGUGCUACAAAUGCCAGCAAUGCGAUAAAGCAGUGCCAGUUGGGCAUAUUUUUAGAGCGCCUAGAGCCAAAAAAUGUUCAACUUUGGGUGGUAUAUAUAUAUAUACUAUGUAUCAUAGCAACCAGAUGAAACCAAAGCUUCUCUGCUGAAAAAACGCUGCACCCCCAAAGCGCUCUCAAAAGCUCCCAAAUGGGCGUUUCCUGACAAGCGCCUGACAUUUUCAGCUUGAAAAACCCCAAAACGCUUUGGUGGACAAGGCCCCUAAAGCUCCCUAACUCGUUUUGUUAUCUUUGAACGCAGCCAGGAUAGCUGUUUCCACCUGUUUGCAUUCUUUGUGCAAAGCUAUGCUAAGUUGGUGCUGGCUGUAUUUUCAUACUUCACGCACAUACACAAGUGUGGCAUCAAUCUUCUUAUCUAACUUUGCAAUCAAAUUGUCCGUUUAAACUAAGGUCAUUCAACCAUGGAGGAAGACUUUACAAUGAAGGAAAAAAAAAGUUAUUUUUACAGCAUUUGAAAUGUGUUUUCAUUCAUAAUGACAUAGUCUGCCACUCGAAUCCUAACAAUAAAAGAACAUUGUAAGAACAUAUAUAAAAUAUAUAAUGACCUCAAAAUAUCAGUAUUCGUGUUAUCAGUCCUAAAGUUGUGUCCUCUGUCGGUCUUCGAUGUAAAAAUCAGAUUUCACUCCAAAUAUAAUAACCCGACUAAACUUCUUUAGACAUUUCUUCAGUGUGCAGUACUGUACUGAGUGUGUUUACAUGGAAAUGGAUUAUUUAUCAUCAGGCUUUGGAGUAUGAUGUUUAUGUGUCUGAACACGUAAACAGCAUGGUCCAUUUAUGAGAGCUGAAAGAAACUGAGGUGUGUACACAGAAUAAUCUGAAUUCUCUGUGCUCAUGUGAGCACCAAAUCUCGAAUAUGAUCAUAACCGAGAUAAGCCUCAUGAACAGGAUAUUCAUGUUCAUGUAACCACUCUCAAUGUGUCACCUAUGAAGGAGAAACAUGAAGAUACAUGAUAAUGGCAAUUGUUUGUUGAGUAUUUCUUGUUUACAGAGUUGUUGUUGACUAGAUUAUAUGGCUGUAACACUGCAGGUCCAUGUGAUGCUCAUUUUAGGGGGCUGCAGAAGGGGUGAUGAUUGACUGUAUGUCUAUUAUCUGUCCUGCAGAAAUAGAAGUAGGCAGAAACAUUUUGAUUCUCUCUCAUGGAUAUCCACACUUAUAUUGAAACUUAAAUUCUCUAAAGACCAAGCCAAAGCACUGAAAAUAAUAAAAAGGACUCUUAAUCAUGGUCAUGUAUGUUAUGAAGAAACAGGGUUUCUGCAGGACGGUAGUGACUCUUAAAUGACUAGAAUAUCGCUCCACAGAGGACUUGUACACCUGUGUAACAUGUUUCUUUGAUUGACAGUGCUCAUCUGCUGUUGUUUGUGCCUUUAUGAAAUAUGUUUUGUCUUUUUGUACUGAGAAUUUAAAUGCUGGUGAAAUGCUGUGGUGAGUGCUGAGGCUCAAGUGUGCACUUGUUUAAAUAAAGCACUUGGUGAUUUCAA